CCCCCGUCCCUUAUAAAAGGCUUUGCCAUUGUCGCCCCUGUAGUUGGCGGCAGACCCAGAGAGUAGUGUCUGGUGCUUUGGUACAAGCCUCGCAGCCUCAUCAGAUCAAUAAGGGGAGCUGUUGUUUCGCCCAGCAUACACUCACGGGAACAUCGCGGGGUGCUUUACCAUCACAGAACACCUACUUCCCUUUCGCGUCAAGCCCGGAUCUGCCUGGUUUCUGUCGUUCCUAGAAGUGCCUAUUUAUUGACAGUACUUUCGAAUUCCAACUGUCACUGAUCUGUCACCAGCAGAGGUUUAGGCUUUUACCACUCAGGGAUUACGGGCAAACACUUUAGGCGUUACAAAAACUGUGGCAAUCGUUUGUGAAAAGUUUAGAUACUUGGAAAAAACUGCGUUUAGGAGCGCUAAAAAGUUAAGUUAGUAUCGUAAUAUUGGGAAUAAGACGCAAAGAAGCACAGAACCAACCAGCUUUAAUCAACAUUAAGAGAAAAGGUAGCAUACAUUUAAACUAAGAGUUGUGAUUUCUACGCUGACUCAUCGAAACAGUUUGUAUUCUCUUUGCUGAAAUAGUCUUUUUGUGACUGAAACGUAAAUUCAAGUUGUGCCAAAACCACAAUGUCUAUUGCCUUUGAUAUAGACCCCUUCAAAAACAUACAACCCUUUCUCUGCAUGCAACUCAAAGUGCCUCAUUCAAAAGAAGAUUUGGUCUAAAAAACAUACGUCUCAAGCCCCCUAAAAAAUAUCGACCACAGAAAGCAAAGAAGUGUGGGGAUUUCAGUUUUUAAAAGUAUUUACUGAACGAUAUACAUCAAAGCUCGAUGCCGGAAAUACGUGUUUCAAGUUAGAACAAACAUCUAGAGACCACAUUCGUGACACGUGACUGAGACAAGUGGUCAACUCCAUUAGAAGUGAUAUUCACAGGAGAACUAGUGUACUAGGACUCAUCUCAGGAAAUAUUGUAACUUUGACUGCAGACAUUAUAAAGCCUGCUCCUCAUACAUUCACGGCCAUCGCUAUCUCAAGCCUGCUCUUACCUUUGUCGUGACACCUUGAGGCAAUUACUAUUCACAGCGGAUAUUUUGCUUUAGCUGUAAAUCCCACUAGCACUUCUAAUCUAAAUACAGAAAAAAGACGAAAUAUAUAUCUUCACAUUCAGUUCAGGUCGUAGUUAAGUAAAACGAAACGUGUAACAAAAAGAUCUUGUUCUCUCUCUGAUAUUGCCCUCUCUCAAUCACUGUGCUUUUGUUACCUCGAAGGACAUUGUACAUCCCUAACUCAGUUAAUCAAGAUCUCACCAAAGAGGGCAAAACAUAAAAGUUUAAAAAUAGCAGAAGGAAGACGUAACGAAACAAAGCCUUUCAAAAGUCAACUUAUACUUUCAUCAUUGUGAGUUCUUCGCACAGGAGGAAAACUUCAAAGAGCUCUCCAUUUCUCAGGGGGGUAGGGAAACUCUGUCACCAUAUCUUUGGACACCUACACUAAAACUUCCAAUUUCAAACCAUUUUCCUAUUACUUAUCGUGCCGUCUCUGCCUCAGAGAUCGACGCCCACACCUCCAACCCUUCAGUUGUUCUUCGGAACGAUCGCCAGUGACCGUGCCGCCUUGGGAUAGGGUUGGGUUGGAUGAUCUGGCCCAUGCAGGUACCUCUCGCCCGUCUACCCUGCACAGCAUCCUGUUUCGGCGUCCAAAGGCUUUAGCACAGGGGCGGGCAGCCGCGCGGCGUAUGCUGGAAGUAUGCAAAUGAUAUUGAUGAUAGGGAUAAUGUUCAUCUCUCUGAUUGGCAAGCCCUCCGCCAUUACCUCAGCCACCGCGGUCUCAAGAGUGACCCGAGCCCAACUGCUCAGGGCUAUACUGGAACACAGUCGCUAUUCCCACGACGUUUCGAAGCGGAAUCUAGAGCGUGUGGACGUAACGUACCGCAUGGACUGCUGUGCCUCUGAGACCCACCUCAUUCACCCGCGCGGAGGUCUGGCCCGCGAUGGGAAGCUUCUAGAAAUCUACCGGGACCACCGCACGGUGCAGAAGUUCUACCAGACGACGUGCAGACCUGAAAUUUUGAACAAGCCGUGCCCCCUGGUGGACCACAAGUUCCAGCACGUCUCCAGGUGUGUGCAAAAAUACAGCUACGUGUAUGCCUUCGUUAGGGACUUCAACGUCUCGGAAAGUUUUCGCUUGGACUACAUUAAGCUCAAGUCUGGGUGUUCAUGUGAACUCGAUUUUACGCUUCGGGAAGAUAUUAUGGAGUACCGUUGAACUACUGUCGCCGCCACCCGCCGCCCCUCCCUACCCAAGCACGGGGGCUUUUGCAGACCUGGGGAACUACCGCUCUGGGCUUCAUCUGUUAUUGUUAUUUUAUUAUAAAUCCCCAUGCUAUUGAUAAUGAUAGUUAUUGCUGAGUAUGCCCACAUUUGCAAUGGUCGUAGAAAUAAAAAUUAAUUAACUUUUCAAAGUGUCGGAACUUACAGUUGUUCAUUACUUGCACUCUUAGUCAUCUCUUGGGGGAGGGGUGGGGGUGUUGGGAAAGAAAACAAAGAACAGGCUUUAAAUAAAAACAUAUAUCUGUG